UUUAAGAAAAUGGAAAAACAAAUUAUAAGGCACCGAAUCAAUUUCCUCUCCAAUUUCUUGGCGCCUGUGUUUCAAUUCUGUUUAAUUGCGAUUGCAUCAAAAACCUAACCCCCAAUCAAAAGAAGAAGAAAUAAAAUAAUGAUGGCUGCAAAUCUACCCAUCAAAGUCCAAAAUCAACUGCUCCCACAGUACGUUCAAUACCAUCAACGCUAAUUUCAUUGUUUUUUUCUUCUACAAAUUGAUCAAAUAUUUAUAUCCGGGAUUCGCGAUCAUUCAUCGCCAUAAUUAGCGCAUGGAAAGAAAACAAAAUGGAUAAUCCCCACCAAAAUCCACCUUGCACUGAUGUUUCAAGCUCGAUUUUUUCAUUGGAUCAUGUCGGAGAGGUCGUUCUCACUCGUACUUCGAAUGGGUUGUCUUGGAAAUUGGUUGAUUCUUCCAAUAAUGAUGAGGAUAAACUGUCUUGUUUGGGGUUGAAAUUGGUUUCCGAUAAUGAAAUGGAGGUUAGUUUUGCCGACGUCUACGCUGUUAACUUCAUUGGCUGGGGUUUGGUACAUGAAUAUGGUCUUACCAUCGCCGAAGGAUCUACUUUUGGUCAUUCUUCUGAGAUGUAUCGGUUUACGGUGCAUGCUAUCCACAAAUCAAGCACCAAAAGGUCUCUUUGGACCCCGUCAGUUUACACUUUUGGUAAUAAGGAUUUGGAGAUCUGUACGACUUGGGUCAAUCAGAUUAAUGGUUAUCUAAACGUGCUAGCUAAGAGACCUAAAAAUCUUCUGGUUUUUGUUCAUCCAAAGAGUGGGAAAGGACAUGGAUGUAGAAUAUGGGAAGCAGUAGCUCCGAUUUUUUUUCAGGCCAAAGUAAGAACAAAGGUAAUAGUAACAGAGAGGGCCGGGCAUGCACGUGAUGUUUUGGCCUCAAUGGCAAAUAAGGAUCUUAGUUUAUACGACGGAGUUAUAGCUGUUGGCGGUGAUGGAUUUUUCAAUGAAAUUCUAAACGGGCUUCUCUUGUCAAGGCAUAAAGCUCCAUAUCCACCAGCUCCUGAAGAUUCGACGCACCCCGUUGAGGGUGAGUCGGAAUUUUCAAUUCAUAAUGUUGAGAGAACCAUUUUAGAGCCAUGUGAUUAUAAUCAAGACGAGUCUCCUCUUCUCACAGGCUCUGAACAUGUUGCACCUCAACCAACAAAUCGUGAGCAACAUCAAGAAUUUCCUUUUCCCAAUGAAAUGUUCAGAUUUGGUAUUAUCCCAGCAGGAUCAACUGAUGCCAUUGUCAUCUGUACAACUGGGGCUCGAGAUCCUGUAACUUCGGCAUUGCAUAUUGUACUUGGUAAAAGGGUGCGUCUUGAUAUAGCUCAAGUUGUAAGAUGGAAAGAAACGCAUGCAUCAAAUGAAGAACCUUGCAUACGCUACGCUGCUUCUUUUGCGGGGUAUGGGUUUUAUGGAGAUGUGAUAACGGAGAGUGAGAAGUACCGUUGGAUGGGACCCAAGCGGUACGACUAUGCUGGGACAAAGGUUUUCCUUCAGCAUAAGUCGUACGAGGCAGAAGUGAAUUAUGUUGAAAUUGAAUCCGAAAAAGGCAGCUCGAUUCCCGAAACAGACCCUCAAGUGAUUAGUACUGGGAUUUGGUGUCUUCCUAGGAAGCGCGGUCGAGAGAGCUGCCAUGCUGACUGUGCGGUGUGCAAUUCGAAAUCCGACGGCUCAACAAAUUUAAAAGGGCUGAAAUGGUCAAAGUCAAAGGGACGUUUUCUUAGUGUGGGUGCAGCCGUAAUAUCUUGCCGGAAUGAAAAGGCACCCGAUGGUUUAGUAGCUGAUGCUCAUCUUUCCGAUGGUUUCUUGCAUCUCAUUUUAGUCAAAGACUGCCCUCACCCUCUCUAUUUAUUGCAUCUUAUUCAGCUGGCGAGGAGAGGGGGGAACCCGCUGGAUUUCAAAUUCGUCGAACACCAUAAAACUCCGGCCUUCACAUUCAAAUCUUCCGGGAAGGAAGGUGUGUGGAAUGUUGACGGUGAGCCUUUUCUAGCGCAUAAGUUAUCGGCACAAGUAUUCCGAGGCCUUGUCAGCUUGUUUGCCACUGGUCCCGAGGCAUAGUGAAACUGUUCGUACGAUGAGUUUGACACGUUGGAAGAUUUUUUUCGCAAGAACCCGUUGGAGCACUCGUCACUGGCGAAUCAUCAAAAUCGAUUGUAGAUAGUUCGGUUUUAUGGAAAAGGAAAUUGAAGUUUUGGUUUGAUUGGGACAUUUCAUCAAACACUUCACGGUCGGAGCUAAUUACCUCGGAAAAAACCGAUUUCUUCGGGUUUAUACUUGCUACACUUCAGAGGCGAUAGAUACAUAUUUCCUCUGUAUUAAUGUGCUAUUAAACUCUUUCAAAAAAAAUGUGCUAUUAAACAAUCAACUUUUAUCGAUAUUACGUUGUGUCGAUGAAUAUUUGUAUGUAUAUAUAUGUAUUUGCAUACAUGUAAAAAAAUUACCAAUUAAGAUA